CUCCCCCCCCAAAAAAAAAAAGAAAAAAAAAAAUCAAUCAAAACCAAAUGAAUGAUGCGCCUUCACAAAGUCUAUCAUCGCCUCUCUAUCCUCUCCUUCACCCCCCUCUCUCUCUCUCCCCACUUUCUCACACUGAAGCCUCUUCAAUUUUCAUCGCCCGUCCACCUCAGAGCUCGUUCCAGUAACGACGUCGUCAGGUCGCUCAGAAGUACUGCCACCAUGGCUUCCUCUAGGCUUCGCAACCUCGUUCCUGUAAACGCCGUUCUGGCCGAGGAUGCGAGUGCCGGAGGAGGCACUAAUGGCUCUGCAUCUUCUUCUUCUUCUGCAACCGUUGUCACUCCUGCUGCUGAAGAUGAAGAUGAUUCGGUGUUAGGAGUUAGAUAUCGUCUUCCUCCACCAGAAAUAAGAGAUAUUGUCGAUGCUCCACCACUUCCAGCCUUGUCAUUCUCACCUCACAGGGAUAAAAUACUAUUUCUCAAGCGCAGAGCUUUACCGCCUCUAGAAGAACUAGCAAGACCAGAAGAGAAGUUGGCUGGUAUUCGUAUCGAUGGAAAGUGCAACACCAGGAGUCGGAUGUCUUUCUACACUGGCAUCGGUAUCCAUCAACUAAAGCCUGAUGGUACACUUGGGCCAGAGAAAGAGGUUCAUGGCUUUCCUGAAGGUGCUAAGAUCAAUUUUGUUACCUGGUCGCCAGACGGUCAGCAUUUAUCAUUCAGUGUCCGAGUUGAUGAGGAAGAAAAUAAUAGUAGUAAGCUUAGAUUGUGGGUUGCUAGUGUGGAAACAGGCGAAGCUAGACCUUUGUUUCAUUCUCAAGAUAUUUAUCUAAAUGCAGUUUUUGACAAUUUUGUCUGGGUAAAUGACUCAACCCUAUUGGUUUGCACCAUACCCCUAUCUCGGAAGGAUCCUCCCAAAAAACCUCUGGUUCCAUUUGGCCCAAAGAUUCAAUCUAACGAGCAAGAAAACAUUAUUCAAGUUAGAACCUUCCAGGAUUUAUUAAAGGAUGAGUAUGAUGAAGAUUUGUUUGACUACUAUGCCACUACUCAACUUGUUUUGGCUUCCUUAGAUGGGAUGGUAAAGGAAAUUGGCCCACCUGCGGUGUAUACAUCAAUGGAUCCCUCCCCAGAUCAUAAGUACCUUUUGAUUAGUUCAAUUCACAGGCCAUACUCUUUCAUUGUACCAUGUGGAAGAUUUCCCAAGAAGGUGGAUGUGUGGACAACCGAUGGAAGAUUUGUUAGGGAACUUUGUGAUUUGCCACUUGCUGAGGAUAUCCCCAUUGCAUUCAAUAGCGUUCGAAAAGGGAUGCGCUCUAUCAAUUGGAGAGCAGAUAAACCAUCAACUCUCUACUGGGUUGAGACUCAAGAUGGAGGAGAUGCAAAAGUUGAAGUUUCUCCGCGUGAUAUAGUUUAUGCGCAGCCUGCUGAGCCAGUAGAUGGUGAAGAUCCAGAAAUCUUACACAGGCUUGAUCUUCGCUAUGGAGGGAUUUCUUGGUGUGAUGAUUCACUGGCUCUAGUUUAUGAAUCAUGGUAUAAAACACGGAGAACUAGAACCUGGGUGAUUUCUCCUGGGUCAAAAGAUGUGAGCCCCCGCAUCCUAUUUGAUAGGUCAUCAGAAGAUGUGUAUUCUGAUCCUGGCUCUCCCAUGCUUCGGAGAACUCCUGCUGGGACUUACGUAGUUGCAAAGAUAAAGAAGGAAGCUGAUGAAGGCACCUAUGUUUUACUGAAUGGAAGUGGUGCUACACCAGAAGGGAACAUCCCAUUCCUUGAUUUGUUUGACAUAAAUACAGGCAAUAAAGAACGUAUAUGGAAGAGUGACAAGGACAAAUAUUAUGAGACUGUCGUUGCUUUGAUGUGUGAUGAGAAAGAAGGGGAUAUGCACAUCGAUCAGUUGAAAUUAUUGACUUCCAAAGAGUCAAAGACUGAAAACACCCAAUAUUAUAUCCUAAGAUGGCCUGAAAAAAGUGCAAGUCAAAUUACAGAUUUCCCUCAUCCUUAUCCACAGUUGGCAUCAUUACAGAAAGAGAUGAUUAGAUACCAAAGGAAGGAUGGGGUUCAACUUACUGCAACAUUAUAUCUUCCACCUAAUUAUGAUCCAUCAAAAGAUGGCCCUCUUCCAUGCCUGAUCUGGUCUUAUCCGGGAGAAUUCAAAAGCAAGGAUGCUGCUGGACAAGUACGUGGUUCUCCCAAUGAAUUUGCAGGCAUAGGUCCAACCUCUGCGCUUCUUUGGCUGGCUAGAAGGUUUGCUAUUCUAUCUGGACCAACAAUCCCUAUUAUUGGCGAGGGUGAUGAGGAAGCCAAUGAUAGGUAUGUGGAGCAAUUGGUUGCAAGUGCAGAAGCUGCUGUGGAGGAAGUUGUUUGUCGUGGUGUGGCUCAUCCCAACAAAAUUGCUGUUGGGGGACAUUCCUAUGGUGCAUUCAUGACUGCAAACCUCUUGGCACAUGCCCCUCAUCUUUUCUGUUGUGGCAUUGCUCGUUCUGGUGCUUACAACAGAACACUCACUCCAUUCGGUUUUCAGAAUGAGGACAGAACACUCUGGGAGGCGACUACAACUUAUGUCGAGAUGAGUCCUUUCAUGUCUGCUAAUAAAAUUAAGAAGCCAAUUUUGCUUAUCCAUGGAGAAGAAGACAAUAAUCCUGGGACUUUAACCAUGCAGUCAGAUCGGUUUUUCAAUGCACUUAAGGGUCAUGGUGCUCUCUGUCGCUUGGUAAUUCUUCCUUUUGAGAGCCAUGGCUAUGCUGCAAGAGAAAGUAUCAUGCAUGUACUCUGGGAAACUGAUAGAUGGUUGCAGAAAUAUUGUAUAUCAAAUAUUACUGAUCCAAGUGCAGAACAUGAUGAAAGCAAAGAAAAUGUAAGCACUGAGGCUGCAGAUUCUGAUAGCAAAGCAGUUGCUACAAGUGGAGGUGGAAGUGCAGAGGUGUCAGAUUUGGAGAUUGAAGCGUCGCAGUUGGUGCCGAGAUCAUUAUUGUGAAUAAAUAGGGAUCUUGCUGUUAAACGAUUGAAGCAGGAGCAAGACAAGAUGAUAUACAAAUUGACGGCAUAACACAGACGCUUAAUUGUAAUGAUAUUUAUUGCUGGUUGCAUAUGGUGAAUGAUGCAUCGCAGAGUGUUCGAUGGUCCAAAAGCUUUUACAGCAACAUCUACGCCAAAGUUGCUGAUGCACAGUUUAGGCACUAUUAAAAGGAUCUGAUUUCUUCCUCCCUCACUGUAACCGAAUGCUGACUUUGUUGUCAAUUGAAACUAUUCCACUUCGUGAUAUAUAAUAAAGCGAAAAUGGAUUCUCA